CUCCUUCAAUAUGCUCGUGCGCUUUAAAUCGCGCUGCUCGCAGGCUGUCUGUGAGCCCCACGCCGUGAGUGGCCGGCUGGGCGUGCUCGGGGACGUGGGCGCACCCGUGGGUGCUGCCUCGCCCCGCCACGGCCCCGCUUGUGGUGCCGGGGCUGUGCACAUGAGCGCCGAGGACACACACACGGCCGUGGGGAGCCAGCACCAGCUGCCACCGUCAGGCGUGGGAGAGAGCCCUGCCACCCCUCUGGGCACGUCGAGCCGCCUCAGCACCAUGCCAUCGUUUGACGAGGUGUUGAAGGAAGCCGGGGAAUUCGGCCGGUUUCAGAAAAGGGUCUUUUUCCUUCUUUGCCAGACCGGCGUCACUUUUUCCUUCCUGUUCGCCAGCGUGGUUUUCCUGGGGCAGGCGCCGGGCAGCUACUGGUGCAGGAUCCCCGGGGGAGCUGAAUUAAGCGAAAGAUGCAACUGGUCGCUCCAAGAGGAGGAGAACUUCACCCUGCUGUCCCUGCGCCUGGUGAACGGCUCAGCCAGCGGGCACUGUGAGCGGCUGGACAUCUCCUGGGAUGCCUCCACCAGCUGUGCCAGCCCCCUCGCCCACAGCCCCAAUGUCAGCGUGGGCAGCCCACGGCUCGCAGCCUGCCAGGGCAGCUGGGUGUACCACCAGCCCCACUCGUCCAUUGUCAGCGAGUAUAACCUUGUGUGUGGCCACUCCUGGAUGCUAGAUCUCUCACAGGCUAUCCUCAAUCUGGGGUUUCUGGCUGGUGCAUUCACCCUCGGCUAUGCGGCAGACAGAUAUGGCAGAAUCCUCAUCUACCUGCUCUCCUGUCUUGGGGAUGGGAUAUGUGGAAUCAUAGUAGCAUUCGCGCCAAACUUCACCGUAUUUCUGAUCUUCCGUUUUCUCCAAGGCGUGUUUGCCAAGGGAACCUGGAUGACAUGCUAUGUGAUCGUGACAGAGAUUGUUGGUUCUUCCCAGCGGAUCAUUGGGAUCGUGAUACAAAUAUUUUUCACCCUGGGAAUUAUGAUUCUCCCUGGCAUUGCCUACUUGCUUCCCACUUGGCAGGGGAUCCAGCUGGCCAUUUCACUGCCCAACUUCCUUUUCCUGGUCUACUACUGGUUUGUUCCUGAAUCUCCACGUUGGCUCCUGACACGCAAAAAGGGAGAGAAGGCAUUAAAAAUCAUGCAUGACAUUGCAAAACACAAUGGGAAAUAUCUCUCACCACAUUACUCAGAGAUCACUGUUAGCAACGCAGAGGUCAGCAAUCCCUCCUUUCUGGACCUGGUGAGGACUCCUCAGAUGAGGAGAAACACGCUUAUCCUGAUGUAUGCUUGGUUCACAAGUGCCCUGAUCUACCAAGGGCUUGUCAUGCGCCUAGGAAUUGUUGGAGGAAACCUCUACCUGGACUUCUUCAUUUCAGGAGCUGUUGAGCUGCCUGCCGCUCUCCUAAUUUUAGUGACAAUUGAUCGCUUUGGCCGGCGCCUUCCCUUCGCAAUAAGCAACUUUGUGGCAGGAAUUGCAUGUCUCAUUACUGCCUUCUUGCCAGAAGAUAUCCCAUGGCUCAAAACCACCGUGGCCACGCUGGGAAGGCUGGGCAUCACAAUCGCUUUUGAAAUUGUCUACCUUGUGAACUCCGAGUUGUACCCAACAAUACUGAGAAACUUUGGUGUUUCCCUGUGCUCGAGUUUGUGUGACCUAGGUGGGAUCAUAGCCCCAUUCCUGCUUUUCCGACUAGCAGCUGUUUGGUUGGAGCUACCUCUAAUUAUUUUCAGUAUUCUUGCAGUUGUCUGCGGGAUCCUAGUAAUGCUUUUACCAGAGACAAAGGGAAUCUCCUUACCAGAGACAGUGGAGGAUGUAGAGCAGCUAUCAAGUCCAUACGGUAAAUGCAGCAAGAAAAGGAAACAUCGGGACACCAACUCUUAUAUUUGAUAUUUGAAGGAUGGCAUUGAACAAAGAACCACGUUCCCACACUGGGAAUUUAUUCUUGCACUUUGCUGCCACUUUGAAGUUUGCUGCAGAGUGUGGAUGAAAAUGCAUGUUCUUCUUCUAAGUGUAAUGACAUUCAGAACAAACAGUGUAUUUUUCUGUAAAUAUGGAAUAAAUUUGUUUUUUUCUAAGUGCUGUUUCCAGAAAGGGAAUAUUCUUUGGUUUAGGUAGAACAGAUCUGCUUAAAAAGAUGCACUAUCUAGCUCAGUGAGCUCUUAUUUAUUUAUUUGUAUAUUUGAGCCAUUUGUUUACUUCUAUUGUUAGCAUAUACCCUUGGGUGAGGACAAUUGGAAAUGGUAAGAAUUGGAUGACUUUGGGGAAGAGAGGAUGAGUAUUUGAGCCCAUUCUCCUUCGCCCUUGGAGAAUCUGGAUAGAGAAGAGAAGACAGUCUUGUGAGGGAGGGUGCUAGUCAGGGCAGACCUUUCUCAGGUCAGGAGGAUGGGACCAGGAGAUCCUCACCCCAGUCUGCUCCUAUCUCCCAGUGACACUCUGUGACAAAAGCCCUGCCCAUUAAAGGUCUUUCUUGAAUGUGGCAGCACUCCUCUUCCUCCUCUCCUGUUAUGUGGCUGUGACAGGGCAUUAGCUCUGCAGGUCAGAUCAUCCAACUGCCCAUCACUGCCUCCUUCCAGGCCCUGUUGGGGUUCAUGUGCCAGAUAUGCUGAUUUUUUUUUUUUUUAAAUGUUCUAAGCUACAGUCUCUGUCCAUUCCUGCAAACCAAAUCACCUCACUCUGACAAGGGCCAAGCUGACUCCCAGAGCUGCUCUUCUUCACACCAUUGGCCAUCUUUCUGCCUUGGGGAUAAGUUAUCUGGGAUGCUGACAGAGAUGUUUAGCUGUCUUGGGAAAAUGAGCAGAGACAAUACAAGAAGUUUGGUUAUGGAGGGAAGUGUUAACUGGACCCAGUUGUUUGAAGCUGACCUGUAGCAAAAGUGUUUGGAUCUGUGGCUCUGCAAGCAGACAGCUGGCACAACCUGCCUUUGUUUUGGUCCCUGUGAGCUUCUCCACCAGGUGUUGGGUCCUGGCCAGAGCCAGACAGUCAAUACAGUGUCCUUAUGGUGAAGGACUUGAGAGUGGCAUCCAAAUGAUAUACUGUUAACAAUGAAGAAUUAAACCAAAGAAAGACAUUGAGCUGUAGUAGAGGGCUUUAUUAGCUCAGAACAAAAUAUUUGGCAUAGGCAAAUAUAGGAAUGGGUUUUAAGGCUUCAUAACACAAAUGAGUGAUGCUAACAUUAAGGUCAGUGCAGCUGAAUGACUACUGCUGCAGUCUUAUCAUCUUAAGAGCACAAAAAGACUGCUGUGCAUGGGGAUUUCCUAUGGUGAGGAGUAUAGCAGGCAUUUCAACAGUUCCUGGCUCUCCCUCCCUUUUCCCAGCAACUGCCCAUACCACCAACCAUGCUGGAAGAAAACAGGAUCCAUGUUAGUAAUCUCAAAUUAAAGUUUGCAUGCUUUGAAUAGUUAGCAAUGAAGGUCUGUCUUUCAAGACUAUUCUUAAUUUCCUCCGAGGCAUAGCUGGAGGUCAAUAGGAUGCUUAGCAAAAGUCAGUAGUGAUUGGAAGGUAUGAAACUAAAUGCAUGUGUCAUAACAUCUGGCAAAUUGGUGAUUAGCAUAUGACCUGAAAUUGGAGUUACUGGUGUGAGAGGGACACUCCUCCUACACCAAUGCAAUCAUCCUCUGGCAGCUGUAAGCUCCCCAGGGCUGUCUGGCAGAGACCAGCCCUGAACUGGAAGCCAUGGGUUUGCACUGCCCUGGUGCAAACCCUGGGCAAACCCACUGCUGUGUCUCAGUGUGGGGUGGGAGCACAGAACUCAGCCCUGGCUUCUUGGCAGCCAGCCAGACCCCACUGGCUCUUGGGAGGCAUGGGGAGGUGCUCAGAUGUGAUGCUGGAUGAGCUAAGCCUCCAUUUUCCCUUUAAUGCUUCUCCUUCAUGAAUUUUGUUUUAUUUUUUAUACAGUUUCUUAGACAUUGCAGCAGUCUGGGAAGGACGGUGAAGGUCAUUCAAAGCUAUAAUUCAUUGACGAACUAAUGUCAAUAUUAUUUGCCAGCUGUUGCUGUUUGUAGAUGACUGAAAGGUGCUUGAGAAGUGAGAGGGGUGAAGGCUCGUUUCUGGCCUGUUGGAUUGUGCUUUGUUUUGCAUAGCACCAUACAUUGCUUGGAAGAGGAUACAAGUAAAAUAUUCCUGUAUGUAAACUAACUAGGGGCAGUGUCAGAAGAUUAAAUUUAUUUAUGUUAUAAAAAUUCAUUAUGUAGAGAACAUCAGAAAAAAGGCUGUGUAUGUGUUCUGACUUUAAUACAGUAAUAAUGAAUGCCAACAGAAGGUCUAAAUUCAGGACAAGUUUAUAUUCAGUAAUGGCUCCUGUGCUAACUCUUACCCAUAACAUGUAGAUUUUGUAAGAUGGGGAAUCCUUCUGUGUCUGUGUGAAUUUGGGCUGCCCCUUGAAGGUUGUGAAAAGGGUUAGCACGACCAGGUGAUGACGGGGUUACACAGCUUUGGGUGAGUGGCAAACAUUGCCAGCUUUAGUUGUCUUGCAUGUGAUAGACACUUCAUUCUAGAAGCUCAGUGAAUGAUGUGAUCUGCAUAGCCACCAACAGAUCGCCUUACCAAUGCCAAAGAAACAAGUUCAACAUAACCAUUGGAACCCGGGAGCUAACUUCCUCCUGUCUGCAAAACGUUUCCUUAGACCAACAAACAGGUGAAUAUGCUUUUUAGUCCAAAUGUGUCCCUGUCCCAAAAUUUGCCUUCAUCUAGUAAUGAAGUAACUUCAUUCAACUAGUAACUUCAACUAGUUUCUGCAAAUGGUUAGUAUUAAGUACAAUUAGUGAUAAGUAGUGAUAUAUAUUGCCAUUGACACUCUCAUAGAAGGAAAAGAUCACAAUUUGCACAAUUUACAUGCUUUAAAGUGUUAUCAUUUAGGUGGGUUGUGCAUAGCCUUUCAGGCAUGUCCGGACAUUUCUAGCCAGACUAUAAUCUCCCAUUACAGUCUAUGGGAGAAAAACAAACAAACAAAAACCAACAAAACAAAGCAAAACAAAAAACUGCUAGAAUGCAACGCAUCUCCUCCAUGGGCACUUGUUCUUGGGGGAAGCCAUGGAAAAUGUGAAUGCAUUUCUAGGGGGGUGACAUGAUUCACAAACAGCAGGAACUUAUUGGACAACUGAAAUCAGUUCUUUUUAUGAUGUGUUUUGGGAGGAAAAUCUCUUUUUGGACGACAGAAAACAGACAAUGGAUGAAGAACAAAGAAAAAAUAAAAAAUGUAAAAUUAAACAUAAAAUCCCCAUAAUGGAAAGAGAGGUAACUUCUGAAAUGCUUCAUGGUUCAGAAAUUUGUCAUUACUUGGCAGAGAGACCAGGAGAGCUUUUUCCCCUAGUGUGUAUAACUGCACAUGUAUAUUCAGCAGAUCAGCAUUGAAUUUUGGGGGUCUUUUCUGGUCUUUUCUUUCAAACAUCAAGAACAAAUUUGCCAUUAUAGCACCACAUAGAAGUAGCUGUAUUUUAGGAGAUGUUGGUCUAGGGGAACAGAUUUCACUUCCUGUAACCACAAGCCUGUGUACUUCCUUUUCUUUUAGAGAAAAAAAAAA